AUGAACCAAAUUAGUCUAACAUCCGAGCACGAUACAUCGUGGGAAGACGUUGAUGAUAGUUGUUUAGAAAAUAUCAAGUUAUUAAAAGCAACAUACAGUAAAUUAUUUAAUCAACAGGGAGAAACAUGUAAAACACUAUUAUUACGUUUAUUUGAAAAUAUUGAAUUUAUUGUUCAACGAGAAUUUACAGAUUACAAAAAAUUAGAUACAAAAUACAAAAAUAUGGUUCGACAGUGUCAAUUAUACGAAAAGAUAUUUAAACAGCGCAAUUGUCAAUGGUCAUUUUUGAAUGACGAGUCGUGUGAUACCUACGCUGAUCACAGUUUAACAAUGAUCACACCGUUUCAUGCUCAAGCUGCAGCUCCUGAUUUACUUCAGUCAACAACGGCUAUUGGAACAUAUCGAAAUCGACAUCGGAAACGUUCGACACUAUUUGUUUCUCACCUUUCAAACUCUAAAUACGCUUCAACACCCACAAGUGUUAAAAAACAUCAAGAAAGCCUUUUGGCUCCUGUUGCCUCUGUUGAACAAGGAACGACGAAAAUUUCACCCAUUUUUGACAACGACAUUUUUAAUCAAACAAACUCAUUUUUUGCGACAAGUUCAGUUGGAAUUCAAUGUACAUUAUACAAAGAUGAUGUCGAUUGUUCAAUUGAUGUUAUACCACGGAUGAACAGAGAACAAACUGACGAUAUUAGAAACGAUACAUUAGAAAAUGUAUUAGUGGAAAAUCGAAGAGAUCAGUCGAUUCAAUAUGAAAUAAUGCAAGAAACAAUGAUUGAACAAUACUGUCAAACAUCUCAGAAUAUUGGCAAGGUAUCUGUUGAUAAUCAAACUCAAUAUGAUAGUGAACUAUUUAUUGAACCUUGUCAAAUAUGUAUUGAACGACGUCAGAAUUUUACUCAAACAAUUGAACAAGAAACACAAUAUGUAAUACUCGCCUCCUCUUGUCUCGUUCAAACCGAUAACAUAGAAUCCAGUUCAACCGGAAUUCAAUGUACAUUAUGUAAAGACGAUGUCGAUUGUUCAAUUAAUGUUAUACCACGGAUGGAUAGAGCACAAACUGACGAUAUCAGAAACGAUACAUUAGAAAAUGUAUUAGUGGAAAAUCGAAGAGAUCAGUCGAUUCAAUAUGAAAUAAUGCAAGAAACAAUGAUUGAACAAUACUGUCAAACAUCUCAGGAUAUUGAUAAAAUUUUUGUUGAUAAUCAAACUCAAUCUGAUGGUGAACUAUUUAUUGAACCUUGUCAAAUAUGUGUCGAACGACGUCAAAAUUUUACUCAUACAAUUGAACAAGAAACACAAUAUGUAAUAUUCACCUCCUCCUGUCUCGUCCAAACCGAUGACAUAGAAUCUCCAUCCAGUUCAACUGGAAUUCAAUGUACAUUAUAUAAAGACGAUGUCGAUUGUUCAAUUGAUGUUAUACCACGGAUGGAUGGAGAACAAACUGAAAAUAUCAGAAAUGAUACAUCAGAAAAUGUAUUAGUGGAAAAUCUAAGAGAUCAGUCGAUUCAAUAUGAAAUAAUGCAAGAAACAAUGAUUGAACAAUACUGUCAAACAUCUCAGGAUAUUGAUAAAAUUUUUGUUGAUAAUCAAACUCAAUCUGAUGGUGAACUGUUUAUGGAACCUUGUCAGAUAUGUAUCGAACGACGUCUAAAUUUUACUGAAACAGUUGAACAAGAAACACAAUAUGUGAUAUUUACUUCUUCUCGUCUCAUUCAAACCGAUUGCAAACAAAACCAGGAUUCUUGUAGUCAGACACCUUGUUUUGAAAUGAUCCAUGAGCAUACACAGGCUACUAUUAUACAACAAGAUGUUGGCUUACAAACCUCGCUAAUUGAUCAAACAGAACAGAUGUGCGAUAAAGAUAUCCAAACUGAUCAAACAGCAGUUCUAUCUACCGUGUACGAUUCUGUAAUUCAUUCCUCUUUUCCUGCAUAUUCUUCAACCAUUUAUCUUACACUUCCAUCCUAUCGUGAUUGUGUUGAUGAAGCGAUCCAAUGUACAGAUCCGUCUAUACUUGAAACAUCUUCAUCAAAGCGUUUAUCAUCCAUACUCUUACUACCAUUAACAUCAAAUCGUUUGCCUCCACCUCCGUCAUCAAGAAGAUCAAAUCGUCUAUCAGAUAUUGAUAAUAUCAAAAAUACAUCGAUGCAAACUGAACAAGAGACAGAUACCUCACUCGAUGAGCGACAGCGUCUAGCUCAAGAUAUAGCAAGAUUAAGAGAAUCAAAUGAGAAAAAAGAUGAAACAAUUCAAUGGUGGAUUGAAUCUUCAACAAAUGCCAAAAUUAAGUGUAAAGAAUUAACAAAACAAAUUCAACUUCUUUCCAAAAAUCGUCGACAAACAGAAACAAAUCUUCUGGAUGUUUUAGAACAACUAACGUUGGUAUGGAAAAUAAUGUGUUGUGAAAAUGAGACAGACGAUGGUGAUAAAGAAAAUUCUUGGCCACUGCCACCAGUAGGUGAAUGUCUGAAAACGCCAAUAAAUGGUCGUUUAUUAUCAAAUCAAUCUAUGUUUGAUGAAAAUAUUGAUGAGUCAAGUCUUAUAACAAGAAUAAAUUCAUUAUGUCAAUUGAUUGUGGAGAGAUUCCAAGUUGACAAUAAGUGGCAUAUGGAUUAUGAAAAGGGUAUUUGUGACAAUAAUAAAUUAUGUAACGAUGAUAAUAAUCAAAUAAAAUUAAUACCACUUGAUAUUGAUCAUUACAACGAUGAAUUAACAAUGUUAAAUAAUCAAUUAGACAAAGAACAGAAUGCAAAAUAUGAAUUAAUUCAAAAACUCGAUAAAGCCACACAAUUAAUAGAGCAAAUGAUGUGUGAUCAUAAAAGUGAAAAAAAUGAACUUGAAUUAUUGUUAAUGGGUAAAGAUGAACAAAUAACUAAACUUGUUUCAAAAGAUAUUGGUCAUGCUAAUAAAGAAUAUGAUAUUCUUCAACAAUUAAAUAAUGAAAAAGAAAAAGAAUUGAACAAAAUAACGGAGGAAUAUGCUAUGUUAUAUUAUGAAUAUGAAGCGGAACGUCGUCGAAAUAUUGAUUUAUCAGAAGCUAAAGAUCGUUUAUGUGAUCAUAUUAAAACGUUGUCAGACGAAUUAGGAGAUAAAGAAGUUAAACAGGAAAAACUAACAAUUAAAAGUGGACAACAACAUAAAUUAAUUCAUUAUAUGUUGCCAAAAAUCGAUUGUACACCAACACCUAAGAAGGUAUAGUUUGUACGAUAUACUAUUACAUGAUAGAAACGACCUAAACUGCUGAAUCGAUAUCCAAGUUUUUCGUUGAAACUUUCUCGCUAAAUAGCAGCACGAUAUUUAGGAAGAUUUAUAACAUUUUUUGACCGGAACUUCCAUCCUUUAAAAGUUAUGAAAACUUUCGUAAAAGUCCUAAAAUCAGCCGAAAACGAUAACUAUAUAAAAAUGUAAUUCAUUUUGUUUACAUCUCGAUAUAGAAAAUAGAUUAAAAGGUCACUUUUGCAGCAUAAGUAGCUGAGAUUGAGCACUAUCUAUCGAUAGUCAAGAGCAUGUGCAAAAAUAAAUGCCACAUGAGUGCGGCACAGUGGGCAUUUUUGGCUUAGGUAGCCGGACAUGACCCUUUUUUUGAAAUAAAUACUUUUUUCACCUCUAUUAUUCUUCAUCAGUCUAGUGACAGAUUAAAUACGAAAAAAUUCAUUCUCAAAGCAAUAAUUUUUUAAUAGAAAACCAUUGCGCUAAAUUUUCGUCAAAAAAACAUUUUAUGAAAAACUGUUAAUUAUAUAUCAUUCGACGUCGUUUCGCGCUCUGAUUCCAAAUAUGUCAUUACUCUUUAAUAAAAGUGCUUCUGAACCGAGAAAAAUAGCUUCUAUCUAGUAAACCAAGCAUUUUGUUGUUGUUUUUCUGAAAACCAAUAUCCAACUUUAGGAGAAAAACUGCACAGAACUGUUAUCACCACAGAUUCAGACUAUGUCGAUACCCAUUCUUUGAAAUUUUCAACGAAUUUGGAUCUUCGGAAAAUUUCAGAAACUCAUUACACUGAACAUAGCUCUCGGAAAAACCGCCUCGUUUAGGAAAAAACUCUUUUUCGCUAAAAGGUUUGAUCUGAGACGAACUUUUUCUUACCAAUAGAUAGCUGGAAGCGUCCUGAUUCCAAAUAACACGUUUGGAUAAUUUAAAUGUAAUUCAGUUCAAUAAAAAAUUGCUUUUACAUAGAAGUCAUGGAUAUACAAGGUAUUUUUUCUUCAACAGUUUUUACACACAAAUUCCUCGUUCGAAACAAAAAUUUUUGCGCCAUUAGAUAGCCCAUCUCAGACAUGGGCGAGUCCGAGUCCGGACUGGAAGAUUUUUUGAUGGACUCGGGCUUGAGGUUUUGUAAUAAUUUUGUUCGGGAGACGGACAUGGAGCAUAACCUUAUUUUCGAAAAAUCAAAUAUCUAUCCAGGGCUCAGCAAAUUAAAUAUAAACCACCCUCAUCAAAAACGAAUCUAAAAGAUUACCGGACUCGAAAUGGACUCGGACCAGAGGUCUCAGAUUAUUUUUUUCGAAUGGGGGACAAAUGGGGGACGCUUAUUUUAACGAAAUAAUGUCGUCGCAAUCUAAAAUACCCGAUGGACUCAACUAUACACUUUUUUAAAAAUGAAAUAUAUUGUGGAUCUUUUAACCACUUAUCGCUAAAAUUACACUGCCGUUUUGAGGAUGGGACGAAGCUGUUGAGUUUUGUUUUGUUGUCGUCAAUAAUUCUUUUGGUUGUUGUUUGUUUCUCACUUGCACAGUCUACAUUCUCACGAGCGGUCGUUUCUUCUUCUAGUUGUAAUUUAGAGUUCAUUCUUUCAAAGCUAAUUUUUCGAAUUUCAAACAAAAGAUUUUCUCCCUAAAAUUAGGUUUUAUCCACAAAUUCAUAUGACACAUCUAAUAAACUCUGAGACGCGUACGACAGAAAGAGUGAUGUUUUUGUAGACGGCUCGAAUCCCAUAACUCUAUUUGCUACAAACUAUCCAAAUACCUAUAUGAUAAUGAGUUUCAUGACAAGAUAGGUUAAAUAGGCAUAGAUCUUUGCCGAUUAGAUAAUAACCCGCCAAUCAAUACUUUUCCUGUCAAACAUGGCGCAUAAGUAGUAUGACUUCAAAAAAAUUGC